UCGGAUUCUGUUCAACAUCCAACACAGACUAGUUGAUUGCCGGUGCACGACCUUGCUUUGGCGAGAAGCUUGACAGGGAAAGGCCGGCUGGCCAACGAAGAUGGAGUCCUUCUUUCGUCCCCAAUUGUGGAAGACGGAGAACAUGCCUGUGCCAGUACCGCCUCAAUUUCAAGAUCUGAUGCAGGUGGCGGCAGAGUUGGAGGUGCGCCGCCAACGAGGAACCCUGAGUGGGAACACCAGUUCCAGGCAUACAUCAUCAUCAUCAUCAUCAAAGGUCUUCAAGGCAUCAGGAAGCUGCACUUGCCAACGUCGCCACAGAGGAAAACUGUCGUGCGCUGCAAACCAAAGGCGCCUUCGCACCCAGCACUGGCGCCGCUUGGUGGAGGAACCCAAGAUUCCAGCGGAGAUUCGACACUUUCUGGCGCAGAAUCCGCAGGUGACCUCUUUGGCUGGUCUGCGUGAGGCUCUCGCUGCGGAUGAAAAAGCUGGUUUGCAGCAAGUGAAGUUGUUUCGAAGCAUCAUUGAAAGAUUUACAGGCCCAGAAAAGAUGCGUUCAGAUGAGUUCAGAUGUGAUCUCUCUCUCCUAGCCUCCAGAGAGAUAGCUGCGCUACGUCCAGCCUGAGUCUGAAU